AUGGCUCCUCUCCGCAGGGGCAAGUUCGCGGUGGUGAAGAAGUGCCUGGAGAAGGCCACGGGCCGGGAGUUCGCAGCCAAGUUCCUGCGGAAGCGGCGCAAGGGCGAGGACUGCCGGCUCGACAUCAUCAACGAGAUCGCCGUGCUAGAGCUGGCCGCCCGCAGCCCCCACGUGGUGGAUCUGCACGAGGUCUACGAGACGCCCGCCGAGAUCGUGCUGGUGCUGGAGUGCGCGGCCGGCGGGGAGAUCUUCCAGCAGUGCGUGGCGGAGCAGGAUGAGGCCUUCACCGAGCAGGACGUGAUCCGGCUGGUGCGGCAGAUCCUGCGCGGCGUCGCCUACCUGCACCAGCACAACGUCGUCCACCUGGACCUGAAGCCCCAGAACAUCCUCCUGACCAGCAGCAGCCCCCUGGGCGACAUCCGCAUCGUGGACUUCGGGCUGUCGCGCCGGGUGGACGCCAUGCGGGAGGUGCGCGAGAUUCUGGGCACGCCGGAGUACGUGGCUCCCGAGGUCCUGAGCUACGAGCCCAUCAGCACGGCCACCGACAUGUGGAGCGUCGGGGUGCUGACCUACGUCAUGCUGACGGGCGAGUCGCCGUUCCUGGGCGACACCAAGCAGGAGACCUUCCUGAACAUCUCGCAGGUGAACGUGCAGUUCCCGCCCGACGUCUUCCAGGGCAUCUCGGACCAGGCCAUUGACUUCAUCCGCUCCCUGCUCGUCAAGAACCCCAGGAAGCGGGCCAAGGCCGAGCAGUGCCUGCAGCACCCCUGGCUGGCCCCAGCCCCGGCCCCGGCGCUGGCGUCCCCAGUGCGGGCUGAGCCGGAGCAGGCCCCGGCGAGUGAGGGCGGCAGUGGCCCCGAGGAGGACGAGGAGCUGGUGCUCGUGGCCUCUUACACGAUGCCCUGCCCCUGCCGCCAGCUGGGGGGCUUGGAGCUGCGGGAGACGGAGCUGGCUGGGGCGCGGAAGCCGUUCCCAGCCCUGCAGGAGAUCGCCCAGGAGCUGGUGUUCUGAGCCGACCGCUCGCAUCCCCUUUGCCUGCUGCCUUGGAGAGCAGUGCGCCGGACUCGCCACAGGCCUGCCAGGCGCAUUUCCGAGCCUGCCCCGGAGUCGGGGCCCCUGGACGCGAGAGGGACGGGCCCCUGGAGGGUAGGAGGCUCCCUGGGAGCAGGAGCAGCUUUGCCUCGGUCCUGGGGGAGCCAGACGGGCGCCUGGGCCGCUCUGCCCCGCAGCCACGGCUCCUGUGUACAUAGCGCUGCAGGGGAGGACGGAGCCUGCCAGACGGGACAGGGUGGGUCACUGGGGGGGAGGGGAGCCCCCCAGUGUCAGUGAUGGGGGACAGGAGCACCCGUUACCAGCAGGAUCGCUGCCCCACACAGCUGGACGAGGCAGCGGCUGCAGGAAGAGACCGAGCCCCUGUGACCUCUACAGGAGACAAACACCAUGGAAAAGCCCUGGGGGUCGCCCCACAGCCCCACAUUCAAACCAAAAUCUGCAGCAGCUGCCAGCGGGAGCACAGGGCCCAGCGGGGCAGAGGCUGCUUCAGCUCUGAACCCGGGAAGCUCCAUUUGGGGGCUGGCCCUGUGGCACAAGGAUGGCCCCCCGCCCUGUUGUGGGGCAUGGAAGGGCCCACUGCCUGGCCCUGCCGCCCCCGGGCAGCUUACCCAAGCUUUGCCUCUGGUUUCUUAAUUAGCAAGUUAGUUACUGGCCCAUUUGGGCCGGGGGAGGUGGAGGGCUGGGCUGCACUGACGCGCUGUUCUGUGCCAACGUACUGGGCACCGGGAGAGCCCUGGGGAGGGCAAGGGGUGGCUGGCACCAGGAGCUGACAGUGCCACCCGAUUUCGCUGAGGGUCCAGGUGCCGAUUGCAGGGUCAACGGGAGCAGUCCCCGUGCUGCCUGUGUUCACACCGUGGCAUCAGGCCACCAGGCAGGGACUCGAGGGGGAGCCCCAAGCCGGGAGCUCCUGCCAGCGGGUGCCUGGCCCAGCAGAUGGGGCAGCAGCCGGUGCUCCAAGCUGCAGCCACGUCCGGCGCUGGGCGUUGUGGCUGCCCUGCAGGGCUAGCCCCAGGAGGGAACGGGGUGCUGCCGCUUGCCACGUUGUUGC